GUUUCAGGUUUAUUAAGAGACGUCCUGCGUCUAACAUCAUCAUCAUCAUCACUCUCUCUCUCUCUCUCUCUCUCUCUCUCUGCACAUGGGUGCGGUGCCAUCAUAAAAACUUGUGCGCACCAGCAUCAGCUGUAAAGCUUUAAACUCAUGCGCUGAAGCUCCGUGGAGAGAUCCCGCAUCACCUGGCAGAAACACAACGAUUUUAAGACUGCAUUGCGUUUGUUUGUUGUUGUUUUUGUUUUUGGUUUUUUUUCCUGAAAUGGGUUUGGCUGUGUGGUAAUAAAUAAAAACCAUCAUUAAAGUCUAACAGGAUCAUUACAGGCUUUUGCGCGCGGCUCCUGCGACUCGGGUGCGUUUACUUCUGUAAAUUACGCGGUGCGUCCAUGAUAUCUGUGAGGAUGACUCUUCUGUGGAUCUGAGAAAUGUUUCUUUUUUAAUGUGGUUAAAUGCAUUUGAUCGCAAACACAGGCGAUGUUGAAGGAGGACACAUCUGGAUUCUCCUGGGAAUGAAGCAGACGCGCAUGGACGUGUGUAGGCGAUCCUGAACGAGUGAUGCCUUUUAUUCUAUGUGAUAAAUUUCAUGUGUGUUUAAACACGUUAAUGGACACGUGAAACCUUCCUCCUCUUUUCUAAAGUGCGUGUGAUUGAAGUCUAAGGAGAAACAGGGCAGAGUUUGGCGCGCGAUCCGACUCCGCUUCCUCCUACAGAAUCACCUGCAUGUGGUGAGAAACGCAGAACCAUCACCAUGAUCUAAUGAGGAAGCUCUGCGUGAAGAUCCUGCGAAGACAAGUUCAUGAUCAAACACAUUUUACUGAAAGAUACACACCGACCUUGCUGUCAGGAGGACGCAUUUGGACACCAGACACCAUCUAUUACACUUUUUAUCCCGUGAAAUGAAUAUUUGAUUGUGAAGGAAGACCGGAAGCUCUGUCUUAAAAGGAUGAUUGUGGACAUGCGAGGCAUCUUGUGAUAUUUUUAUAUUAGUGUUAUUUUUAUUUUUAUGAAAUGCAUUUUACUGUAAAUAAAGAGUGAGUGUAGUGUUUAGUGGUAUGCUGAGGAGGAUUUUUGUUCUAUGAGAUACAGAGCGCAUCAUGACUAAAGAGGAUGUGGAACUUUUCGGUGUGUAUCUGGACAGGAACUCUGGCGCUUUCUCUUCUGUAGGUUAAUCAAACACUUUUUAGGCAGAAGGCGGACGGCGAUGUGUGAGCAGGAGCUUUGGGGUGUUUGCGCACGGACUCGGGGACAGUCUGAGAUGCGGAGCCCUGUUCUGUUCUCGGUGGGAACAUGAUGGCAUGCCGAGGGUCGUGCUGCUGUUUGGGUCUGGGCUCUGCGAGCGAGGACACGGCGCGCUUCGCCAUGCUGGCGCUCCUCAUCCUGGUGUACCUGGUGUGCGGCGCCGCCGUGUUCUCUGCGCUGGAGCGGCCGGAGGAGGAGCAGGCCAAGGGCCGCUGGGCGCGCAGCUUCGACCUCUUCAGCCGCAAGCACAACGUCAGCCGCAGGGAGCUCGAGGGGUUCCUCAGGGCCUACGAGGAGGCCACCGAGGCUGGCAUCCGUGUGGACAGACCCAGGGCUCGCUGGGACUUCCAAGGAGCUUUCUACUUCGUGGGCACUGUUGUGUCCACUAUCGGGUUUGGAAUGACCACGCCGGCCACGGUGGGAGGCAAAAUCUUCCUGAUUUUUUACGGACUAAUCGGUUGUGCAGCCACCAUCCUGUUUUUCAACCUGUUCUUGGAGAGAAUUAUAACCGUGCUUGCGUUCGUGCUGAAGUCUUGCCACGAAGCCCAACAUCGGAGGAAAGGCGUGCUACCUCACGACAGCAGGCACGAGGCGGGCCACGCGAGGCAGCACGGUGAGGACAGUCUGGCGGGAUGGAAGCCGUCGGUGUACUGUGUGAUGCUCAUUCUCUGUGUGGCAGCCAUCAUUAUAUCAUGCUGCGCCUCUGCCAUGUACUCCUCGAUGGAAGGCUGGGGUUAUUUGGACUCUCUGUACUUUUGCUUUGUUGCGUUCAGCACUAUCGGCUUCGGGGACAUGGUGAGCGGCCAGCGCGCUGCGUACGACAACCAAACUCUGUACAGCCUGGGCAAUUUUUUCUUCAUCCUCAUGGGCGCUUGUUGUAUUUACUCACUCUUCAAUGUCAUAUCCAUCGUCAUCAAGCAGGUUCUCAACUGGCUUCUGAAGAAGCUCGAGAUACCAUGCCGCCACUGCCCGGGAAGGAACCUGCGUCCAGGAAGGAACGCCAUAAUGCCCGGCCACUUCCGCACCCGAGUCCGGAACAUCUCCAUAGACACAGACGCUGUUAACGAGAGCGAAACGGACGGCCGCAGGAUGUCCGGGGAGAUGAUCUCCAUGAGAGACUUUCUGGCUGCUAAUAAAGUCAACUUGGCCAUCAUGCAGAAACAGCUGUCCGAGACGGCCAAUGGAUAUCCGCGACCGCCCGGCUCUGUGAACCGACACGAUGAAUUCUCCGGAGGGGUUGGAGCUCUGGGAAUCAUGAACAACAGACUAGCUGAGACAAGUGUAGACAGAUAAAUGUCCCCAAUGACCAAAUAAACCCCAAGAACUCUAAGGCCAUCCCGUACCUAUUAGUUCAGCUCUGUAGCUACAAGUAUAUUGCUGCUUAUAUCUUGCUCUUGCUGUCUGCUAAAGCGGUACAUAAGCUCAGGUGUGGUUGAGAAGAUCUCUAUAAACUCUAUAAACUCUUUGCUGCAUCAGAAAGUUGUUUAGACAUAAAAUCCUGUCUUCUCUGUAAAGUAGGCUACAUGAUAUUUGCAAUCUAGUUCAGCUUAUUUAUCCAAAUUAAGCUAUUUUUAUAACAGAGUGCAUGCUUUGCUGAAAGUUUUAUCUCAAAUGGUGUCCUCUGCAUACUUCAGGUGUGAUUAGUGUGCUUGCAGUGAGAUCCUGUACUGUUGAUAACCAAAUGAUGUUAAACUGCCUAAAAAUGAAGUGCGUAAUGCUGGACAUGUUUUUGCACUUGGUAAGCACAGCCUGCUCUACAUACAAGAAUAGGCAGAGCCAAACUCCGGUUUUGCUGAAAGAUACACACGGAGCAAGAAUAUCAAUAAAGUGUGUAUGCAAUUUAGGAGCAAAACAUUUAAACCAGGCGUAACAUGUAUAAACUCAGCAUAUGUUAUAGAAACAUUGUCAUAGUCAAUAGCAUGGGUCAAAGCACAGCUAGAGAGGGUUGAACACGGAGGUGAAUCCAGGUCAAAGUCAGAACUGGAAGUACUCCAAAAACUAAGAAAAUGAGUGUUUGUUCUCCUUGGCAAGUCAUCAACCAAUGCAUCCUCAGUUUUUGGAGAGAAUAAAGAACAAUUUUUUUUUUUUUUUAACUGUUCUUGGUUCUUGUGUAUUGGAUUGCAACUUAGGCAUUUAAAGAUGAUAUCUGGCGAGAACACGAUGACUUAACAACACAUGAAUCAAUAUAAGGCUUCACAACGCAACAAAAAAAAACAGUAUAGACAAUGUAAUCGGGAACUAACACAAAACAGGUGAACACAAUCAGGUAACAAACCAGUGACAGGACAGGAGCAGAGACAGGACUAGAAUAGAAAUGAAAACAAAAGCACAUGUCGCCUUGGGAAGGGGGAAUCUGGGCAUGCUGGAUUUUAAAUUUGCAGCAAUUUGUCAUUUCUGCUUAGGAUCGUUUUCAAUAUAGCUACAGUUAGCAAAAGGACUGCUAAUCGCUUUGGCUGCAUCUCUACACAAAUCAGGUACUACAUACUUAUGAAUCUAGCAUACACUGCACGGUACACCAUUUGAGACGCAGCUCUUGUGUUACUUUACAGCUGUAUUAUUUUAUAUCAAUAAUCUGCAAUUGGUAGAAUCGAGGUACGAGUAACAGUACAGCUGCUGUCGUUACUGUGUCGUUAGUUCUUAUAUAUUUAUCAUAUAUUUCAUCUACAGACACAUUUAGAACAGGUUUGAAACGAUAACACAGUUAUUAGGAAAUCAAGCUGAUUACAUUGGAGUUUGCUUUUUUCACUGUAGCCAACUGAAAUAUUCUGAAAUUAAUGUAUAAGCAUCUUAUAAAACAUAAAAAACAUUACGCGAAAAUAUGCUAUGUUUAUACCACCAUGAAUUAACGCUACUUUCACAAGUGCUAAUUUGUAACAUAGAUGCCACUGAAUCAGUCUCUGAGAAAAAAAGGGUACAAAAUGGUACUUUUCCUCGCUGUUAGGGUGGUACCCUUAUGUUUGGUACCUUUUUGCCUGUAAAUGUGGGUGUAGUGUAGCUUUAAAAUUAUUUAAGGUACAUAAUUUGAUUUGGAAAUCGUACACAAUUUUUAGAUUUUUAAAGGUACACUUUGUAGGUAAAAUAUACAGUAUACGUAUACACACUACACUCUCAGAAAUAAAGGUACCAAACAGUACUUGCUGCCGAGGUGUUGAGAAUAAAGCUUAAGUGGUCCUUAAGUUCCAGUAAAUAAUUUUUAAAGGUAUAAUGAUGUAUACUAAUGGUCCAAAGAUGUACCUUUGACGUUACCACAUGAGCAAAAUGGAAAAGUACAUGUUAGUACCGUUAUUUCUGAGAGUGUAAAAGUUCAAAAGUGAAAGUGUGUGCUUAAGGAAACAAGGAAAGCUAGUGUAGUACCCUUUUUUUCGGAGAGUGUAUAAUAACCGUUAAGGUCCAAUGACGUAUUUGAUAUAAAUAUAACAGAACUAACUUAACUAAAGAUACAGAAGGUUAAAGGUCGCAUGCCAUGACAAGCAUUUGUUUACUGAAAGAUACACUUUAGUACCUUUUUAUUUCUCAGAUUUCAGGUGAGAUGUGCUGAUUAUUAUGCAGUCAGAGAAACAAAUGAUGUGUGAUGUGAUAUCAUAUGAACUAUGUCUCAAAUGUGUAUGAUGCAGGACAUCAGAAGAAUGAUUUUUUUUAAGCACAUUUGUAUUAGAAAAGUGGGUUCAUGAGUCCCAUGAACUGAGAAGUGAUUUGCGUAGGCAUAUUCACAGCGAAUUCACGUUUAACUCGUUUGACUUGGAAAUUUUAUCACCCUGUUCUUCCCGCCACAUUAUAAAACUUUAUAAUACAAAUACAGCAUUUUCUUUUAUUAGAAAUGUCAAAACUCUGUUCAGUUCCUGAUUCUGGGUCGGAUUCUGUUGUACGCUCGGUUCUGUGUGUGUUUUUUAGUCAGAGAAAUAUUCCUGUCUUUGGGUUACAGAACAUUGUCCUGGCCCUCUGUCUCGGUCAGUGUGAGGAAAGGUAAUGUAGAGGUAAUAAAUAAAAGAAAGGAAAAGUAGAAUCUCAUCCCAUUGGCACAUCUGAGUGUGAAUGUGUGUGUGUGUGUUUUAUUUCAGCAGGAAUCAUAUGUAUGUUAUUAUACUGUAUUAGUGCUUUUAGCUGUAAUUAAUCAUCAUCGCACAAGCUGCAUUCAUUGUCCAGCAGCUUGUCAUGAUGAAAAAUGGGAGGAAAAAAAUCUCUUGACUUCCAAUCUAAACACAACCAGACGAGCAAAUCCGUUCUUUUAAGGCUUACAAAGAUGUGUCCUUGUUCGGGAGAAAAAAUUCAGACAGCAAAAUUAAAUUAAUUCUUUUGAUAAUUAUUUGAAGUGCUGCUCUCUGAGCCUUUAGAGAGCCACAGGAGUGUUUUUGGAUGUUUUUUUGUUGUUGUUUUAUCAGCAGGUGAAACAUUUGUAUUACAGGAUAAAGCAAGAUAGAGCGGUUUAUGUCAUGUGAAUAUUUACAGCAUACUCGUAAUUAUUAGAAGUCGUGAAUUUAUUCGGCAUGAACUGUCUGAAGCACAGACUUCAAGCAGAGUUUGGUUUAUAGUUUUGAUAAAGUUUGAAAAGUUUAUAGCUUUCACACACACACACACACACACACACACACACACAGAGAGAGAGAGAGAGAGUUUGUCUUACUAUCUUUGAGGGCCCUCCAUUGAUUAAUGCAGGUAAAUAGUUUUCACCUUGUGUUUCACCUAAGUAAUAACUCUGACCUUAACCAAACCUUUUGGCUAUGUCAUCUAUCUAUCUAUCUAUCUAUCUAUCUAUGUUUAUUUUUA